AUGGCUAAGAAGACCAAGAAAGACAAGGAAGCUAAGAAGGCUCGUGCUGAGUUGAAGAACAAGAAGAACUUGGGAAAGUCUGAAACCAAAGACAAGAAACGAAGCAAGAAGCUAGGCUCCGAGGAUGAUGACGAUGUGGACAUAGACGAGGUUCUCGCGAAUUACAAGAAAGAACAGGAGCAAUUCGAGGAAAUUGUGGUUGCUAAUGUAGAACGGCCCAGCCAGCGCAUCAACCCAUGUAUGAUCUCGAAUCCGGUGCACGGAAAACGCGAGCUCAUUCUUUUUGGCGGUGAACACACGGAUCCUUCAACGUCGACUACUGCUUUCUACAACGAACUUUUCACGUAUUCUUUGGACAGCGAUCAAUGGCGGAAAAUAACGUCCAAGAACUCCCCAAUGCCCAGAUCAUCUGCUGCUGCUGCAACUCAUCCUAGUGGCGUAGCUCUAUUUCAUGGUGGUGAAUUCUCGUCUCCAAAACAAAACACCUUUUACCACUACUCUGAUACUUGGCUUUUAGAUUGCACGACCAAGGAAUGGACUAAGAUCGAUCAGAAAAAUGGGCCCAGUGCACGUUCUGGACACCGCAUGACAGUCUGGAAGAAUUAUUUUAUUAUGCACGGUGGAUUUAGAGAUCUGGGCACUUCCACAGCGUAUUUGAAAGAUUGUUGGUUGUUUGACAUAACUACUUACAAGUGGAAACAAGUUGAAUUCCCCCCGAACCAUCCUAUUCCCGAGGCGAGAUCUGGACAUUCCUUCAUUCCAACUCCUGAUGGAGCUGUUUUAUGGGGUGGCUACUGUAAGAUAAAGGCUGGGAAGGGCCUGCAAAAGGGUAAGACUCUAACGGAUUGCUGGUAUCUAAAGAUGAAAUCUGAUAGCAGUGCCCUCAGGUGGGAAAGACGCAAGAAACAAGGUUUUCAGCCAUCUCCCAGAGUUGGCUGUUCUAUGGUGCAUCACAAGGGAAGAGGUAUUCUUUUUGGAGGUGUGUAUGAUUACGAAGAAACAGAGGAAGGCUUGAACUCGGAGUUUUUCAAUGACCUCUUCUCAUAUCAAGUUGAGUCUAACAGGUGGUUCUCGCUGAAGAUGAGACCACAGAAGAGGAGAGCAGUUGCAGCUCCCAAGAAUAACAGAAAUAAAGACGAGGAACUGGAAAAUAUACUUAACGACAUUCUACAGAAAGCCAACUUGGCAGAUGAUGAUGAUAAUAACCAUGACGACGACAAUGAAAUCGAGAAAGAGUUGCGGAGGCUCGACGAAGAAGAGGAACAGGAAAGCAAGGCCAAGCAGUACACUGUUUUAACUCAAUUACCUCACCCGCGUUUCAAUGCCACUACAACGGUAGUCGACGACCUGUUAUUCAUCUUUGGAGGUAUCUGGGAAUUUGGGGAAAAAGACUAUGACAUUAACUCGUUUUAUAGCGUCGACUUGAAUAAGCUGGAUGGUGUCAAGCUAUUUUGGGAAGACCUAGAAGCGCUGGAGAAGGCGAAAGAGCUUGGCGACGACGACGAAGAUUUUGAUGGUGAAGACGAUGACGAAGACGAUGAUGACGACGAUGAGGAAGAAGCAGCAGAUGAGAAGCUGGUUGCAGAAGAGGAGGAUGAAGAAGAGGACGUCGAAGAAGACGGCCCAGAGAUUCCAGACCUCAGACCUUGGUUACCGCACCCAAAGGCUUUCGAAACUCUCCGUGCUUUCUAUAUUCGCACAGGCGCCGAAUUCUUACAGUGGGCCAUUUCUAAUAACAGAGAUGCAAAAGGUAAACAUCUCAAAAAACAUUCAUUUGAUCUGUGUCAGGAUCGCUGGUGGGAAAGACGCGAGCAAGUCAGAAUUGAAGAAGACAAGUUGGAGGACAUGGGCGGUGUUGAAAACGUAAUUGUGAAAGAUCUAGCACAAACAACUAAGAGACGUUAG